UUCCCUGAGCAGAGAUUUCACCUGGGGAAACAAGACAAGAAUCCGCAGUCAGGAUGUAUUUCUCAGAGGAUGUUACUCUCCUUCUUACAGUGGUGGUGGCUUGUCUAAUCUUAUUCAUCAGCUUUAAACAUUUCUGGAGAAAAGGGAAUUUGCCACCUGGACCUACUCCCCUGCCAAUAUUGGGCAACUGCCUACAGCUCAUUAAAGGGGACAUAGUGAAAUCUCUACUGAAACUGAGUGAGAAAUAUGGAGAGGUGUUCACCAUUUACUUGGGUUCCCGACCAGUCAUAGUGGUCACUGGAUACAAAUCGGUAAAAGAGGUUUACGUUGACAGAGGAGAAGAUUUCUUAGGUCGAGGUGAUAUUUCUUCCUUUGAUUUUAUCUACAAAAACUACGGGAUUGCUUUCACAAGUAACAUGGACAGAUGGAGGGAGCUUCGUAAAUUUUCACUCUCCACAUUGCGGGAAUUGGGCAUGGGAAGAAGAAACACAGAGGAACGGAUUCAAGAAGAGGCUGCCUGUCUAGUGACGGAACUUAAGAAAACAGAAUCCUUGGUGGAACCUCGAUUGUACAUCAGUAAAGCUACCUGCAAUGUUAUUUUCUCCAUCAUGUUUGGAAAUCGUUGUGAUUACGAGGAUGCAGAACUCCUGAAUGUUAUUUCCUUGAUGCAUAAAACAUUCUCCAUUGCCAGCUCAACUUGGGGCCAGCUGUAUGAAAUGUUUCCGUGGAUCAUGUUGUUUAUCCCUGGGAAACACCAGAAGGUCUUCAUCUAUCUCAAAAAACUUCUUAAGUUUGUGGAAAAAAUUGUUGAAAUAAACAAGAAAUCUUUGAAUAGGAAUAACCCCAGGGAUUAUGUUGAUGCUUUUCUCAUCAAAAUGGAAAAGGAAAAUACUAAUCCCAAAAGUGAAUUCCACCUCACCAACUUAGUGAACAGUGCUUUGCAGAUUUUCUUUGCUGGGGUCGAGACCAUCAGCACAACCCUAACUUAUUCUCUGCUUCUUCUUAUGAAAUAUCCUGAUGUCCUUGAAAAAGUCCAUAAGGAGAUUGACAAGGUCAUUGGUCUUGAUCGAUGCCCAAAGAUUCAAGACCAGAAACAGAUGCCCUUCACUGAUGCUGUUCUUCAUGAAAUACAGCGUUUCGCAGAUUUGCUUCCAAUGGGUUUGCCACGGAAGACAACAAAAGACAUUACAUACAGAGGGUACUCCAUACCUAUGAACACUAAUGUGUAUCCCAUAUUGUCUUCUGUCCUGAAAGACCCCACCUGCUUCCCAUAUCCAAAUGAAUUUAACCCCAAGAAUUUCUUGGAUGAAAAUGGUGAAUUUAAAAAGAAUGAUGCCUUCAUGCCUCUGGCUACAGGUAAAAGGAUUUGUUUGGGAGAUGGUCUGGCUCGAAUGGAGCUGUUUAUCUUCUUAAUUACCAUACUUCAAAACUUCAACUUGAAAGCAUCUGUACCCCCAGAAGACUUGAAUAUCACACCAGACAUAUCUGGGCUUGGAAAUUUUCCAAAACUGUACAAAAUGGCUUUUAUACCUCGUUAACCCCUUUAGGACACAGCCAGUUUUCACCGAGCCAAAUGUU